AUGGCACCCUUUCCAUCCCCAACUUCAACAUGGCACUCUGAGAGUUACCCAUCGAUUUCUCCCACCCGCCCGGAACUUUCUGCUAAAGGCAAGACGGUGCUUGUGACUGGAGGUGGUACUGGAAUAGGUGCAGAGACUGCUAUGUCUUUUGCAGUGGCCGGUGCUUCUCGAAUCGCUCUUCUUGGCCGCCGGGAACAGCCCCUCCUUGCAACCAAAGCAUCCAUCCAAGAGAAGUUCCCCGAGGUUGAAGUUUACGUAGCUUCGACCGAUGUCAGCGACCGGAGUCAGGUGGAUAUCGCAUUUUCAGCCUUUGCUAGCCACAAGAAUAUUGAUGUCCUGGUCAGCGGUGCAGCUGUGGCUGGUCCUCUAGGUCCUGUGAAGGGUGUGGAUAGUGAGAGGUUCCUCGAAGCUGUCCAGAAGAAUAUCAGAGGAUCUUUGUUUGUCGCGCAAGCCUUUCUUCGCCAUGCAUCCCGAGAUGCAGUUGCUAUUGAUAUCAACUCAAGUGCUGCACAUGUGAAUGUUACCGAUGGGUUUGCGGCGUAUUCCGUCGCUAAGCUGGCGGUAUACCGACUUUGGGAUACUCUGGUCUUCGGGAACCCCAAUCUUAGCAUCUUCCAUAUUCAACCCGGUAUCGUGGACACGGACAUGAAUAGAGAAGCCGGAGGUGUCAAAGCUAUUGGCAUCGAAGACCAUGUUUCUCUGCCAGCGAAUUUCUGUGUCUGGCUUGCUAGUCCCGAAGCUCAGUUUUUGAAGAGCAAGUUUUUGUGGGCAAACUGGGAUGUUGAUGAGCUGAAAGCGAAGGCGAGAGAGAUCGAAGCCAGUAGUCAGCUCAGCAUCUGUCUUGGGGGAUGGCCGUUUCAAGAUGCCGACUGGAGUCCCACUUGGAACUCUGAUGCGUGA